AAAAAAGAUAUAAAUAUUAACUCACUUACUUAUACAAGGUAAAUUCCAAAAAAAAAAACUACAUUAAAAUUAAAAAUGGUUGAUAGAAAAUAAGCUGCAGGAUCUGUUUGGAACGUUAACUCAUGGCAUUGGGAACAAAAGAACUACACUCCUCAAGCUAAGAAGCUUCUUGAAGAAAUAAUUUUGAGUAUCUCAAUUGAAUAAGACGGUGUUAAAGUUUAAAAUUCAAAGAUUAAAUCCAUCAAUGGAGAUGCUGAAAUCAAUGUCAGAAAGGGUAAACAAAUUCUCUGCUACGAAUUCAAUGUCGAAGUUGAUUUUAAAGCUGAAAACGACGAAGAAGAUGCCGAUGGUUACUUUAAGAUUCACGACAUCAACCCUGAUGAUUUGGAUUUCGAAGUUGAUCAUGUUACUUUAAACACCAAGAAUAAAUGUGGUGAUAUUGCUAAAAGAAUCAUUUAAAAGCAAAUGAAAGAAGAGUUAAAAAAAUUACUUAAGGACUUUACUAAAUAAUUAGCCGAAUAUGAAAGCAAUCCUGAAAAGCUUAAGUAAGACGAGCAAAAGAGAUUGUAAAAUCAAGAAGCUACUCAAAAAGCAAGAGAAGAAAAAGGUAAAGAAAAGGAAUAAAUUUUCUAUGAACAAAAAGCUAAAGAAUAAGAAUUGAAGGAAAAGUUCUCUCAAUGGUCUGAAUAAAAAUGA